CCUUACUGUUUAUUCUGUUUUCAUUUGUUUGAAUGCUGAUUCAGCAUGAAGAAGACACAUACAGCAUAUUCAUGUUAAUCGCUAAUAUCACCCUGAUUGUUAUUUUCCUUCUCCUCUAUAUUUCACCCAUUGAUUUUUAUUAUACCUGUAAUUUUCUCUUUUAUUUUUAUAAAGAAAAUCUAUCCAGCCUUUAGCAAUUUGUUUUUAGGACAAUCACAGUUUUUUUCUCCAUCUUGAAAUUUCAACUUUCAAUGUUGUCAUUUGUGACAGACGCAGUUUCAGCUGUUAUUUUCUGCAACAUGCAUUCAAACUUCAUGAAAGGCAUUUUCGAUUUAAAAGUGUUAAAGCAGGUUCUUGCCGUGUUUUUUUUGCGUAAACUUUGAAAAAGAUGCAACAUGAGGUGCCAUCUUCAAAAAGUUCAAAAAGUUCCAGCAUUCCCAAAGUCUUAAAUGUCAACCGAAGCUAAUAAGAUUUACCACCAGAAAACAAAAAUCUGCUUUAUUGUUUGCUCGUUUAAUAGAUACGUUAAAAAUGUGUUCAUGUAAACAAGAAAGGUUCUACUGACAUGACAGAACGAGCACGUGCGCAAAAGCAGCCAAUCACCUGCCUGACUUUCCUAUCUCCUCCUCGUGCCAGAAAGGAUAAAAACCUCAUUCAGGUCAAGUGUUGUCAGUUAAAAAAAUCACCAUGCUGCAGCUGCUAACCUUCCUGGUGGAGAAAUUCUCCAUCUUCUUCAAGCUCAAGCCGUUAGAGUCCAACUGCUCGGAGGCGGAGGACCGGGAGCGUCCGGGCCAGCGCGCGCCUCCGCCUCUCCUCCGGAGAGGAGACCUGCUAGAGGUCCCCAGAACCCUUUUCACGCACUUUGGCAUCUACUUAGGCAACAACAAAGUAGCUCACUUGAUUCCGGACAUCCUCCCUUUGCUCACGGCCAACAACAAGCUCAUCAGUUCCGUCAUCACAAACGACAGACUCAUCCUGGGCUGCAUUUAUAAAUGCGCCACGGUGCGCGUGGACACGCUGGAGGACUUUGCGUAUGGCUCCAACAUCCUGGUGAACCACACCGACAAGGUGAUGAAGACGCAGCCGCUCCCCAGUGACUGCGUGGCGCAGAGGGCUGAGAAACUCAUCGGAGAAGUUCCCUACAGCCUGCUGUGGAAUAACUGCGAACACUUUGGGACUUUCUGCAGAUAUGGAUCUGCAACCAGCAGGCAAACAGAGAAGGUACACCAUCUCACGUGGUAUAGAUAGAAAAAUUAGCCUAAAUGUUGGCUUUAAUGUUUAUUAAAGUAAGCAACUAAAUCAGUUUUUGAAUUUUUACUUGUUUCCCUUUAACCAACUAAUCCAUCCGCACCCAUAAAAAUAUGAAUAUUUUAAUAAAGAUGUACAUUUAUCAAAUACCUUAUGUACAAUAUAAGAGGCGCAUUUUAGUUAUGUAUAUGACCACAAAUGUUUUAUUUAAAUCUGUUUGCUUAAAUAAUUUUUAACAAUGAAAUGAUUUAGCCUAUUGAUGCAAACAUUCUAAUUCACACUUGGCCCCAAAAUGACUUGUUUAUUGAAGCAUAAAUGUGUGUUUUUAUUAUUUAUUCUUGUCUUCUGUGCUCUUUAUUCUUUUAGUUCUGUGAAUUCCUGAAACUGAUCAUCAGAGACCAGCGCAGCGUUAUCAUUACAGGACUUCUAGGACUUGUGUCAAUUGUCCACUUUGGCAUUGCUGCUUCAACUACAUUACCCUCCAUUCUCAUUCCCUUCACACUGUGGAUGGCUGGUUAAAGGAAUGAAACCCACCAGCGAUGAGACCGAACUGAACUGAAUGAACGCUUGAAGUUUCACCUGAGUCUGAAUCAUCACAGAGACACCUGCGUGCUUUGAUAACCUUUUACUACUGUUUCACCAACGCGAGAAGGAAUCACAAAGAAUCAUGUAAAUAAAACAAAAUUAUUAGAUUUUUUUGUAUUUCCAAGUUAAAA